AUGUCUGUGCAAAAUGAUAACGAUGACGUUUUGAAGAAUGCUUAUAGACAUAUUAAACUCUAUGCUGAUUUGUCCGAGGUCAACGCCAAGCAUCCCAAAUACAAUCCUAAUGAUGAGAGGCAAUUCCGUCCGUGUGUUUCAUUCAAUACGGUGCCAUUAACACUGGGUAGCAGUGCAUUAGAUGACCCAUUAGCGGAUUUCCCAGGUGUUCAGAUUCCACCUGAGUUCUCAUUAGACGAUCUUUGCAGCAAUGAAGGAAUUGCUCGUACUGUUGCAAAUACCCAUAACGAUUAUUAUUCACCACGAGGACCGGCAUCUCAGAAUAAAAGGUUGACCCAUAAGUCUCUGGCGGAAUCUUUCAAAAGGUCGGAAAAUGGUAAAAUUGUUAGAGUUGAUUACCCCAGUGAACCUGCAAUCUUUAACGAUGCCUUGAUAUUGACAAAGUCAAAAAAUCAAUGGCACCAUUUGUGGAACGAAAAAAAGGCAUAUUUUGCUGCUAAAUUAGAUGAAAAAUACAAAUGGUUUCAAUAUCCUACUAUUCUUUUCCCUCCAACAGGUACGAAAUCUGCUGUGAUGAGUAGUGAUGGAUUUAUACCAUUGUCCAAGGAACAGAGACGUAAGGAGAAAGUUUUAAAUUUAAAAUUGGGACAUCUACCGAACCCUAGAACUAUUUUGUGUCACAUUAGCGGCAGACGUCAUACCUGGGUUGCAUUAGAUUGGGCUCUGCGGCAAUUGGCUCAAGAUACUGAUUACAUCGUUGUUGUGGCAAGUUUACCAAGAUUUUCAAGCAGUGUAAAUGACAGGUCAAGAUCGAAGAUUCGAGGUGGAAGUUCUCAAUACAGAUCGUUAUCUGUAGGACCUAAUAGUGGGGAAAAUGAAACGAUCCAUCAAAACUUUAUCGGAUGGUCAUCUGGUUAUAAUAGAUAUGAUGUGGAAAGUAAGAUUAUGGAUAUAUUUGAGUACAUUAAAGUUAUAUUGCCACCCAAAUUAGCCGUAAAGAUUACCGUGGAUGUAGUUGUUGGGAAGACUAAGAAAGUUAUGGUAGAUGCAGUCAACUGCUACACACCAGAUUUCUGUGUUGAAGGUACUUUGAAAUGGGAAAGAACAGAUAAAUUGGUUGUUUACAAAUCUAGGUUUCUUAAGGAUGUUCUUUGUACCAAGUUCUCCGUCCCAGUAUUUAUCGUGCCAGCAAAGAGAUUGUACGAUUUUGAAGCAAAAAUGGAAAGAGAAUUUUUACCAAAGGUUACAGACGUGGGCGGUAUAACUGCUGAAGAAUUAAAACCUUCUCCUCUUACCAUGGAGACUUUGAGUAGAACGAAGACUGAACCAUCCAAUUUUGAUUCCAGAGAUUCGUUAGUAUUAAAUUAUUCUAGCGCCGAAAAGAGUAGCGUUGACUAUGAUACUGAUGAUGAUAGUGGUGAAGACAGUGGCGAUUAUUCUGAUAAAGAUGAUAUGACAGUAAGUGAAAAAUUAAGUUCGGCUAGACUAAUACAUAGAAAAAAUAUGAUGAAGGAAUUGCAGAGUGUUGAAUCCAAUGAUAAGUUAGAUUAUGCCCAGAAGAAAGUGGGAGCCCUGGAUAGUAUCAUUAAGGAAACAUUGGAAUUUUCUGAAGAACUAAAGAGUAUCACUGAAGAGGAUUUCAAAGGCGAUGAAGGUGAAGAGCUAAAUCAAUUGAAGAGAGUUAUCACUGGAAGUACUAGAGUUUUACCCAAUUCUAAAAAAUCGAUGCUUGACGUUCUCGAUACGCCAGGCCCUGACAGCCCUGAUCAUCACAAGCGUUCAACUGCCCCUCGCCGAAAACCUCGUUCUGGUCAAAUUAAGUUUGCCCCAAAUGUAAAUGCCAAGGAUGGUAAUAAGGCGUUGGGUAAUUCUCGUGGUAAAGGCUAUCUGGACGUGGCUCGUCCUUCUUUAGGCUCACAAUCUUACUCCUACAAUCAAAUAGAUGGCGCGGGAAAGCCUUAUAAUGAGGAAGAACUACGCAGGGUUAGUACUGGGGAUGGUACGGUACCAUUGCGUAAGGUUGUAAGUGCUAAUAACGUGGCAAGAGUUAAAUCCAAUGAUUCAAAUUCAUUAUUGCCAAUACAUUCAUCGGGAUCAGUGCCAGGAUCUCGUUCUUCUUCAUCACGUCGUAAUCGUCAUUCCAAGAAAAGCAGCGGUGGUGGUGGGUUAUUAUCAUUUUUAAUCCCUAGCGGCUCAAGAAGCCAUUCUCACAGUAGACGCAGCAGUAGCGACAGUGACGGUGAACGUAGUAGCGUGAAAAGUCCUCAAGAGGGCAAGAAGAAGAGGUCGUUUUUCGGGUGGUAA